CAAAAAUUCUUGAUCGAUCUCAACGCGAUGGUGUGUUCCGCAGUAAAAUUGUUUUUCUUUUGUAAUUGAAUUCGUAUUCUUUUGACAAAAACAGUGAUAAGAUCUCAUAAUUUUGUGUAUAUUUAAUCCAGUGUACAUAUAAAUACGCCAAAAUGGGCAACGAAAAUUCGAUUCCGAUGGAAUUAUGUUCAAACUCGCGUGUUAACUGCAUUGAUUUUAAGGUGGAUAACUUCGACGCGGACGAGAUCCGGCGGCUGGGCAAGCGGUUCCGCAAGCUGGACCUGGACAACAGCGGCGCGCUCUCCAUCGACGAGUUCAUGUCGCUGCCGGAGCUGCAGCAGAACCCGCUCGUGCAGCGCGUCAUCGACAUCUUCGACGCCGACGGCAACGGCGAGGUGGACUUCAAGGAGUUCAUCCAGGGCGUGUCUCAGUUCAGCGUGAAGGGCGACAAGCUCAGCAAGCUGCGGUUCGCGUUCCGCAUCUACGACAUGGACAACGACGGCUACAUCUCCAACGGCGAACUCUUCCAGGUGUUGAAGAUGAUGGUGGGCAACAACCUGAAGGACACGCAGCUGCAGCAGAUCGUGGACAAGACGAUCCUGUUCGCGGACAAGGACGAGGACGGCAAGGUCUCCUUCGAGGAGUUCUGCAACGUCGUCGGCAACACGGACAUACACAAGAAGAUGGUCGUCGACGUCUAAACACACCGCGCACACUGACCGCCCCCCGACCGCCCCCCGACCGCCCCCUGACCGCACACUGUUACACCCGGCUCAGACCCAGCGGGAACCGCGCGGCUUAUACACAGUGACGGAUUAAGACUACUCUAUGCCCUAAGCAAUCCAUGCCGGUGGGCCCACCUAUCCGUAUGUCAACUCGCCCGAAUCGCUCUUUGAACCUUUAUUCUUUAGGUUCAGACGUGAUGCCCUAGGCAAUUUCUUAAUUUGAUUAAGGGUUAAUUCGUCACUGUUUAUACCCGUGUGUUUGACCUGCUCGCAACUAAACAAACUGCUAAAGCUGUAAGCGAGUUUGUGUAAUAAUUUUACCAUUCAUGCAAAGAUAAGUUUGCAGUGUGCUAAGAAUAGCCGAUCUCGCGCUCAUACUGUAGCCAUAAGGCUCGCUAUCAGUUGAACUAUGUGAGCGAGACAGCGCGUGCGAAAGAAAUAGGGGCGUGUCAAUGUAGUGUACGAGUGUAGCGACCGGUCUUGGCGCCCUCGCGCCCGCCUGCCUUAUACGGCCGCCCGCUAACAGCGAAUAUAAAUGAAAAAACGAUGGUCUUUAAAACGCUCAAACAUUUGUCUCCUUACAAAAAGUUAGGUAGUACAGCCCCCUUAGACAAAGUAUCUUUCGUUAAAAACAAUGACGAAAUUCGUUA